AUGUUUUUUGGAACAAAAAAAGAUAACAGUGUUAAAUGGGAACAUAAAGAUAUCUCCCAAUUAGACUUAUGCAAAGUCAAUGCAGUAGUGUUUGGAGGUACUUCCGGUAUAGGUAGAGCAAUUAGUCAUCAGUUGGCUGAUCGCGGUGCCAAUGUUUUAGUUGUUGGUAGACAUUUUAAAGAUGAAGAUAUGAAAAAGAUCAAGUUCUUACAUGCAGAUUUGAGUUUAAUUACUGAAGCUGAUAGAAUUGCUAACGAGAUCCCGGCAAAGGAUAUAACUCAUAUGAUCUUUACUACAGGGAUCGUUGCCGCUCCUCAAAGGGAGCAGACACCGGAAGGAAUUGAGAGAGAUAUGGCUGUAAGUUAUCUAAGUAGAUAUAUGCUUAUUAGAGAACUUGCUGGUAAGAUGGGUAAAGGAUUGCCUCAUAAUGCUUCAAAACCAAGAAUAUUUAUAAUGGGGUUCCCCGGAUCUGGACAACUAGGUGAUCCUGAAAAUCUAAAUUCUGACAAGAAAAAAUAUAAUGCGCUCAGUACACAUAGUAAUACUGUAGCUGCCAAUGAAGCUUUAGUUUUAGAUUCCAAAGAUAGAUACAAAAAUGUAGAGGUAUUUGGAUUAAAUCCAGGUAUAAUAAAAACGGAGAUACGUAAUAAUUAUUUAGGUAAAGAUUCAAUUUUUUCCAAAGCAGUAGAAUGGGUUGUUGGUUGGACUUGUCAAACUCCAGAAGACUAUGCUAAAAAUAUCUGCCCAUUACUUGUUUCUCCAGAUUUGGACAAUAAAAGUGGAACCAUGUUUGAUAAUAAAGGUAAUGCAAUCUUACAAUCUGCAGGUCUGGCACCAGAGGUUGUCCAUAAUUUCAUUCACAAUUCUGCAGUUUUAGUCACAAAAGUUUUAGCAAUGAAACCGAAUGAGACAACUUCUAAAUUACCUGUCUAA